AUGGCGACUUCAUCUAGAAAGCGGAAGUUCCUCUCGCUUGAAGAGAAGGCACGGAUUAUCAGCGCGGCAUCCAGUGGCAGGAAAAAGGGAGAUGUUGCAGCGGACUUCGGCAUCUCACAGAGCACGCUGUCAACGAUCUUGAAGUCGAAAGACGCGAUAGCGCAAGCUCUUUCUUCGGGGACAUCCGCGAAGCGGAAAAAGCUGACGCAAGCGGCUCAUGAGGACCUUGAGAAGGCUCUGUACACGUGGUUCCUCGACGUGCGCGCAAAGAAGAUGCCGGUCAGCGGAAACAUGUUGCAGCAAAAGGCACUUGGCUAUGCCUGUAUGCUGGGCAUCAAUGAUUUCAAAGCCAGCUCAGGGUGGCUGACCCGUUUUAAGGCCAGGCAUGAAAUCGUCGCUAAAGUGCUGUGUGGGGAGUCGGCCUCAUCAGACGCCGACGCUGCAUCUGCUUGGGCAUCAGCUACUGUGCCGGAAUUAAUGGAGAAAUAUGCCACAUCAGACAUAUACAAUGCCGAUGAAACGGGACUUUUCUUCGAGCUCCUCCCCUCCAAGACGCUUCACAUGAAGGGCCAGCCAUGCAGCGGAGGGAAGCAUAGCAAAAAGCGUGUGACUGUGCUCCUGUGCUGCAACAUGGACGGGUCUGACAAGCGCUGCCCACUGGUGAUAGGCAAAAGUGCGAAGCCGCGGUGCUUCAAAGGUGGCAAGAGCCUGCCCGUCAAAUAUGUUGCCAAUAAGAAGUCUUGGAUGACACGGGCCGUUUUCAAAGAGUGGCUAACCGCUUUCGACCGUGACAUGACGGCAAAGAAACGUAAGGUUUGUUUGCUCAUCGACAAUUGCUCAGCGCAUAACGUUGAAGACGUUCAGCUUCAAAGCGUGGAAGUAAGAUUCUUCCCGCCGAAUUGCACGGCUUUAAUCCAGCCGCUGGAUCAAGGUAUCAUCAAUAGCGUUAAAAGCGCUUAUCGACAGCGACUGAUUCAGCGGCUGGUGUUAAACAUCGACACCGGUCGGGCAAUCGAAGUGGAUUUGUACAUGGCUGUACAGAUGGUCUCAGCAGCGUGGACGGCAACCAGUCGCAGUAUCAUCUACAACUGUUUUGUGCACGCCGGCUUUCACUCCGAUGCUCAACUGGCAGCGAACUCCACGUCGGACGAGGAAGGCUGCAGUACAAUUGCUCCACCCUCCACAGAGGCCAAUGCGGCAUGGGCAGCCCUUCAGGACUCCGGAGAUGUGCCGGCCGAUGUUCACAUCGGCGACUACAUCGCUGUUGACAGUGAAGUGCUAGCUCACGAGGAGCUGAGUGACGAAGCUAUAAUUGAGGGCGUUCGCCACAACGACGCAUCAUCGGAUGAUGACAGCGACGCGGAGGACUUAGCGCCACCACCUGCAAUAAAAGUGAUGGAUGCUUUUGAUGUGAUCCGCAGAUUUUUCGGUGCUCACGAUGACGACGUCGCGAUGCAACUGUUCACCGAGUGCGAAAGCCGCGCCACUGCACUCGUGGCAAAAAAAAAGAAGCAGAAGAAGCUGACCGACUUCUUUGGAAAUAAAUGA